UAGUAUUAUGACGUUCGGCUCGCUGCAACUUAUGAUCGCCAUAUUGCUACUUCACUGCAGUCGAUCAUAUUAUUUUCGUUGCAAUGUUUGUUUUAUGUAUCCAACCAUAGGUGGAGUUAAGUGUUUGUGUAAAGUGAAUCGCAUUCAUUGUUAUAAAUGUAAUGAAUGUAUCGUUUGAAAAAGAAUGUUCUGACCAAUGAACCAAUAGGAUAAACAAACUCCAAUGACGUAAAGUGAUGUUUCAUUCACCGUUCUUGACAUAUUCUUAUACGUAUAGUUGCUUCCAAUGAUUGUGCAGUGUGUUGAAUCGUCGAUGUAAUGACAACAACGUCUCCGCUUGAAAGCUGUUGAGCGAUAUUGUACUGUACUUACACAAAACGGCAGAUCACGAAGAUCGAGAAAAUGAAAGUUAUAUUUUACGCAAUUACGUUAGUAAUCGUGAGUAACGUUAUAUGUGGCGACCGAUACAAUAAAUUACAAUGUAAAGAUGAAGAAUAUGUACCGGUGGAUUGGUACGUGCUUUAUAAGUUACCAAAAGUUCAAACAAGUAGCAAUCCCUUGAUUAGAAAAGGAAUUGCUUAUCUGUACAUAACGAAUGCAACUAUUGAAACCGGCUGGCAAGUGUCUUCAAGGCCCAUCGGUUCGAACAAUUCCAUCCCUGGAAUUACAUUAGCGCCGCUUUACAAUCAGGAUAACGAGAAUGAAAGCAUAUGGAGUUUAUAUAACGAUAGUCCACCAAAUUCUUCUUAUGUCUGGAGCUUUGGUCACACAAAGGGUGUAGUGAUGGCAAAUAGUGAGCAAGGCUUCUGGUUAAUUCACAGCGUUCCAAAUUUCCCUCCAGUUCCUAAAAGUGGUGUGCAAACUCGAGGGUUAAAAAGGGAAAAUAUUACUGCCGAUGGCAAAUACAGUUAUCCGAUAAGUGGAACGUUUUACGGACAAAGUUUUUUAUGUAUUUCCCUUGGCAGUGAUCAGUUCGAUAUUGUUGGAGAACAAUUAAUGUACAACGAAAUAGCAGUGUAUGCGAAAAAUAUUCCUGAUAUACUUGAUAAACAGUACCCAGUAUUGAAAAAUGCGAUCAAUCAGAAACAUAUCAAAACUCCUCCCUACAACCAUAAAGCUGUAAUAAAAUCUCUAAGAAUGAUUGAAUUCAUUUCGUUCGCUAAGGAUGGAAAAUGGGGCAAAGAUUUAUACGGAGAUUUUGUAGCGCCACAAUUGCAGUUAGAUUUAUAUGUUCAGUCAUGGUUGAAUGGUCGAGGCAAGUUACCGUCAGUCUGUACCCGUAGAAAAAUUCGUCAAUUAUUCAGAAUCUACAAUGUCAAAAGCCUUGAAUUCGACGUGGCGAAUGUGAAUUUUGCCAGUAGUCAGGACCAUUCAAAAUGGGCUAUUACAAACACCAAAAAGUCCGCUAAUCACUGGGUUUGCAUUGGUGAUAUCAACAGAGCCGAUACACAGUAUUCUCGAGGCGGUGGAAUCGUAUGUUUCAAAGAGGCUCGUUUGUGGACUGAAUAUCGUAAUAUUAUAAAUGACAUAGAGCCUUGUAAUCAUACGUAAAGACUUUAGCAAGAUACAAUGCGUUCAUUCGCCGCUUUUUACAAUGAAAAUUACAUACCUGAUAAAACAUUAACGCGUAGAAAUGAUACUAAUAAAAUUGAUACGAUAACUUGAGAGUUUCAAAGAUAUUUUAUACGAACGAGUCUAUAAAAGAAGAAAAACGAUUAUCACUUUAAAAGCAUGAAUCAUUGGUGCAUACAUAUAUAUAUAUAUAUAUAUACAAGUGUACAUAUAGAUAGAAGAUCCUGAAAUAACGAUGUUUUAAUCGAUUUUACAUUAUGUCCGUAACGGAUAUUUCGUCGAUAUACAUCGUAAAGUUGUGCGACACCAGUGUGAGGAUACAAAGUAAUAACCGUCAUAUUAACUGCAGUUUACUUGCAAGUGUAUAAAGAAGAGGUCUCGGUGGCUCUCUAUUACUACGGAAUAAGGACGAACGACGGGGAUCAGAAGCAGUUCUUAAAUUGGAUUUUAUGAAAGGCGGCAGCGACUCUUCCUGCACCGCCUCUAGUUUCGUCUUUCUUUUUCUCAACCGUGCUUAUUGUCUAUCUAAGGAAAUUGCAGAGGAGCUCGACGUGCCGUUAAUGAAAGAAAAAAGAAAGUUGUCGAGGUUUAGUAAGCGGAAGGAGGGAGAAACGAUUUGCUCUUUAAUGAAAAUUCCAAGAAAUCGGCUGAACUUCGGUCCGUUCUUUAUCGGCUGUUUCAAGUUUCUCGACCACUUUGAUAGACUUUGUUUCAGAGAUUUCUUUGCUCGCGGAGAAAAAACGGUUGUCCAAAUAUUGCAUUGAUAAGAGCUAUUAUCAUGGCAAUAAAUGCAUGUUGCAUCACA